UCAGGGUGAAUAACAAGUCAAGCAAGAAGAGGAGUGAGGCUGAACACUGUUCAACGAGAGAGAGAGGGAGGGAGAGGGUCGACUGCAGAAGUGGAGAUAAGCAGUAGAGAUCAAAAUUAGUCCACAGAGAAAGAGAGGUUGACGCCGGACGCCAGUCUAAAGAGAGAUCAAGGUUGACUCAAGUCUUUCUGCCUCUAACCUGAUUAGGGUGAGGAGAGGUAGAGGUGGAGGGGAGCCGGGAGACCGGAUCAACAGUACGUGAGAGCCAGCAGGAGAAGGAGAGGAGAGAGAAAGAAUUACAAGAGGACGCUUGGUGAAAGAAGCCUCUUAAAUCUGGGAGCUGGAAUUAGAGCCGCAGAAACUGCAGAGGGGAAGCCACAAAACCACAGUCUUACCCCUCUCUCUUUGCCCAGCCUAACUUUCCCACUCUUCCCCCAAUCCCUAACUUGUCUUACCCCUUGUUCUCCAUCUGUCUCUUGAAUUCCUGAAUCCACAGGUGAAGAUGCCUGCUAAUGGGAACCGUCCCUUGAAGUUACAGUUUGGUCUAAUCAACCAUGAGGGUCGCUAUCUCACUGCUGAGUCCUUUGGCUUCAAGGUGAAUGCAUCAGCACCCAGCCUGAAGAAGAAGCAGAUAUGGACUCUAGAGCAGGACUCCCAGGACACGCAGGUGGUCUACUUGCGCAGCCACCUGGGACGCUACCUGGCAUCUGACAAGGACGGCAAAGUCACCUGUGAGGCCGAUGGCCACAAUUCCGACUGCCGCUUCCUCAUCGUUGCUCAAUCAGACGGUCGCUGGGCCCUGCAGUCUGAGCAGCACCUCCGCUUCUUUGGUGGCUCUCGGGACUACCUGUCCUGCUUUGCCCAGGUAAUCACAGAUGCCGAGCUGUGGGCAGUGCACCUGGCUCUACAUCCGCAGGCCAACCUGCUGUCUGUGGCUCGCAAGCGUUAUGCCCACCUCUCUAUGGAGGAUGGGGAAAUCGCUGUGGAUGUGAACAUUCCCUGGGGGGUGGCAGCGCUCCUGACCCUUGUCUACCUGGAUGGGAAGUACUGCCUUAAGACCUGCGACAGCCGCUUCCUCAGCAAUGACGGAAAGCUCUUGACACAGAGUGGGAGGGCCACGGCAUACACGCUGGAGCUGAAGUGUGGGAAACUGGCCUUUAAAGACUGCGAGGGGAAGUAUUUGUCUCCCAUGGGGCCUACGGGCACCCUCAGGUCUGGACGGUGUUCCAAACCGGGUAAAGAUGAACUGUUUGACCUGGAGGAGAGCCAUCCACAGGUGGUUCUGAUGGCAGCCAAUGGCCGAUAUGUCUCCAUAAGACAAGGAGUAAGCCUUGCAGCAAAUCAGGAAGAUGAGACGGACAUGGAGACGUUUCAGAUGGAGAUUGACAAGGAAACCAGGAUGUGUACAUUCCGCACCAGCCAAGGGAACUACUGGGCUCUGGUGGCCCACGGAGGCAUCCAGAGUACGGCUACUGAAGUGUCAGCGAACACCAUGUUUUCAGUGGAGUGGCUUGGCCACAAGGUGGCACUAAAAGCUAACAAUGGAAAAUACAUCUGCAUCAAGAAGAAUGGCCAGCUGCUCGCUGUCAGUGAUUCCACAGGUGAGGAUGAACAGCUCACUUUGAAACUGAUCAACCGACCCAUGCUGAUCUUGAGAGGAGACAACGGAUUCAUCUGCCACCACAAGAAUUCCAACACGCUGGACGCCAGCAGAUCGGUCUAUGACAUUUUCACUCUGCAAUUCAGUAACGGGGCCUACCAUAUUAAAGGUGUAGAUGGCCGGUUCUGGUACGUGAACAGUGCUGGGUUGGUGUGCUCAGAUGGUGAGGUCCCUGAGGAUUUCUCUCUUGAGCUCCUGGAGCACAGACGCCUCGCCAUCCGUGGCAAGAACGGCAAAUACCUGCGUGGAGACCAGGGAGGCACGUUGAAGGGAGAUGGACUCAGCCUGAGCAGCUCAGCCCUGUGGGAGUAUUAAUACAAUCCAAUCCAAUCUUAACCUAAGACCUAGACUCUGACUCCUCUCUUCACUGAGUUAAGUCUGUGGCAUUUUGAGGUGAAAGACAGCGAAGAGUUACGACCUGUACCGAUUUCAUCCCACUUAUUUUCUCCUUCCUGUUACAAAGAGGUCGCAGAAGUGAACUCACAGGGAUAACUGACUGAUACAGAGGCGAGAAAGUUCAAGAAGAGGAACUGGCCACGCAUAUUCAGCCAAGAAACGUCUUGAUGAAGUGAACAAUGUUUUUGAGUCAGUACUUGAUGUCAAAACAGCAAAUUAGUGUGAAUGAACAUUUUCGAUUUGAGUUUUUGUUUUGUUCUUUUAGAUUUUUUCCCAAUGAGCUAAACUCCAGAUAAAAAUCCUCCUUUCAGUAAAGACGUGUAGAUUUAUGCUGUAAAACCAACAUACAUCAAGGAUUCUACCACUGCUUAAAGGUGUUACAUUAUUGACAGCAAGGCAACAACUGGGUCAUACAGGUGUGUAAUGACAGUCACCCAGUCUAAGAAGCAUAAUGAAUCUGGGUGCCAUUUGAGACGGACAUAGUCACCAUUAUGAGUGAGAUCACCUUUAAGAGGAGUUUGAGUCAUUAGCAUGGUACUGCUGUCUGAGGAUGUUUAUUAGCAGACAAGGGUGAUUGGGUUUCUAAUAGUCACCUGUUGAAGACUGUAACCAAGACUCAUGAACAAGUACCUGGUAGUAAUGUGAUCAUUACAACCUUUUUUCAUUUGUCCAUCUGCAAUGUUUUUUCAACAUUUCUUCUUUCUUUUAUGAGCAUAAAGAUACAAAAUACA